AUGAGGAAGGAAGGAGGGAAGCUGACAGGAAACGACGAGGAAGCAGAGGAGUUAGUGAAAAAGAAAUUUCCAGAACGCAUCAUUCAUUUCAACAAACUUCUAGAGGAGUCACCAUUCCUCUGUGAAAACCUUGAAGCUGUCCACUCUGACCUCAAAAUUCCUGUACCAGAGCCAUUUAUUGUGAACAACCAUGAUGGGGAUCCUCCAGGAAAGAAAAGAAAAAUGUCCGAUGUAACAGAAGAUGCAGUGACGGGAGCAAAGGUGUUUGUACUUCCAUCAGGUUCUGUUCCAAUCAAUCCACAUAUUACACUGAUGGUUGACACAAUCAAGCCACUCAUCUGUCAGCUCGUGGAAGAAGCUAAUCUGCUGAAAAUGUGGAUUUCCUUCCUGAUUCCUAAAAUCGAAGAUGGAAAUAAUUUUGGCGUAAGCAUCCAAGAAGAAACUCUGGGAGAGAUACGUACAGUGGAGUCUGAAGCUGCUUCAUUCUUUGACCAGAUAUCGCGCUAUUAUAUGACACGUGCAAAGCUUGUGUCAAAGGUUGCCAAGUAUCCUCAUAUUGAUGAUUACCGCCGAACUGUAGUGGAGUUAGAUGAAAAGGAAUAUCUGUCUUUACGCAUUACUCUGUCUGAGAUACGAAACCACUAUGCCACACUCCAUGACAUGAUCACAAAGAACAUGGAGAAAAUCAAGAAGCCACGGUCUACUAACUCCAUUGAAGCGAUGUAUUAAACAUUUCCUCAUUUCCUAUAAACUAAACAGAAUUCUGUCUUAAGUGUACUGUCCAAGAAAUAUCAGUGUAUUCAAAACAAUCGCAAGAAUUUUUUGUUUUAAGUUUAUGGAAAGAUAACUUGAAUUAAAACUAUACAGGUAAAUUACUGCUGUUACCUUAAGGGAUUUUACUUGUUAUAUUUCACUAUUUAUACUCAAAUAAGGCAUUAUUGAACUGUUACAUAUAAAAGUUAUAAAGAAAUGAAACACUAGCAUACAUGCUCAUAUGAUUGUUGUUCACAUUUGUUUGAUUUAUAUCCUACUAAUUAUUAGUGUCAUCAGAGCGUAAGCUUUCCUUGGUUAUGCAACAUACCUUAACCAAAAGAAAUAUUUUACUUGUUACUUCUUACAGUAUUAAGGUAAUUUUUACUGGAUAUUAUGUGUAAUUUCCCCUUACAUACUAUUUUUACCUAAUGUGUACAAAUGACGUUACAUAACAUUUUAAUUACAGGUAGAUAUAUUUCCUUGAGGAAAAUAUAUUUUUUAUAAUGCUUAUUUACUAUUUUAUGUGAAAGUUUGAAAUGUUUUGACAAAAUAGUUUUAAAAUUUGGAGGAGAGUAAUGUUUAUUUUGCAGGUUAUUUUUUCUCCUUAUGCCUUUACAAAAUGGCAGCUAUCUUAAAAAUGACACCAUUGCCUAAUAAUCUAAUUUAAAUGUUUUCUAGUUAUUUGGCCACUGGCAAUAGUACUAUAACAUUCUACAAAGGCAGUUCAUGUUGUUAUAAAAUAUAUGAAGAGAAAGGGUUCAUAAAGAGAUUUUCUAUAAAUCUAGGUGUCUAUUCUGGUAAAAAGUUGCAUGCUCUGCAAAGCUCCUCUUGUCAUAAAAAAUAUAUAAUCAGCUAA